AUCAUAUACUCAUACAACGGUCCGUUAAUUUUCUGUUGUUGCAGAAACUUGAAGUCUCCCAAUAAACAACUUAAAAGUAGUUUUUAUUGAAACCAAUAGUCUCGAUCAAGGUUCACUCCACCUUUCUUCUGCCAUCUCCCCUUCUUCUUCUUCUUCUACUACCCUUCUUCUGUUCCCAAUAUCCCUCUCUCUCUCUCCCCCACCCCCCCCAAAUUUUCAAUCUUUGGCCCUAAAGCUUCGACCUGUCUUGAAUCAACCAUGGAUCUGGCCCAGGAAGAACUUCAAUUUCUCUAAAUCCCAUUCUUCGAGAAUCGAUCUCCACCCCCAAACAGUCCCCCAAGACCAUCUACCUCAUAACCCUAACCCAAAUUUUCCCUCUCUCCUUCGCAAUCCUAGCCCGCUCUCUCUGAAGGUAGUGUUCAGUUGGAGGGUUUUUCCUUGGAGGUUUAGUAAUGGUGUAUUUGAUAUCAUCAAUCUGCAAUCUAGGGUUUCUUGACACACUUAGCGAAACCUCCUUCCCAUCCUCUGCACCGCCACUGAAACCCUCCUCAACGACGCCGGAGACCUCUCGGUGGGCCCGCAACUCGUAUCUCUCUCUCUCUCUGUGGACUGUGUACAGGUCAUUGAAGGAUCUUUUGGGUGAUGGGGAAGAUUGUGUGGGGACGUUUGUGCAAGUUACGGUUUUGGAGAUUUAUAAUGAGGAGAUUUAUGAUGUGUUGUCUAGUUAUGGUGGGUUUCGAUGGCCUAGAGGGAAUGGCUCCAAUUCUAAGCUAGUUUUUUUCUUCUACCAGAUCACUGAUUUGCCAUUUUCUCUCUACUCCACAUUUGUGGUUGAGGCACGUCAUAGUUUCAAUAAGCAAAUGAUAUGGUUAUUCUUCAGAGAUAUGUUGAAAGGAAUUUGCCUUAUGGCUAUUCUUGGUCCACCAAUUGUGUCUGCAAUUAUUGUGAUUGUGCAGCACACCAUAAUACCUGUCCAGCACCUAGUUAGCUUUGCUCUUAACUGGCUGAUGCUUUUGCUACGGAGCUUGGUUAUGCCGCUUCACUUCGAGCUGGUCUUGUUAGGUUACAGCAGCAACCUAAAGAAUCUGAGGCAGUUUCGGCCAUAGAAAAAGAAGAAGUAUUUUGUCAUGAGUUAGGGUUUUGAUUUUGUUGCUUGCACUUCUGUUUGGUUGUUGCUAACAGUUUGUUAUUUUCUUCUGCUGAUUAAUUCGUCUAAAUAUAUUGCAGAGAAACUGGGGCCUUGUGUGCAAUGAAGGAAGUUGAUCUCAUUCCUGAUGAUCCAAAAUCUGCAGAAAGUAUAAAACAAUUGGAGGAGGUCCUUCCAGGUUUUAUUGAUGCCAAAGGCAGCUGAAGGCUAUAAGCGCCAUCCAGAAUAUAAAUGUUUAUGAUUCAUGUAUAACUAGCUAGGAAUGCUCUUGUUGGGUACAUUAUCUAGUUAAUUGAAUGUAUAGAUGUUUGGAUAAUGGUACUUGAAUUAUAU